AUGCGUACCAUUCGACUUUGUCGCGUUUUUUUAUCAACUAUAAGCUUACCUAAGGAAGAAAAGGUUAAAGUAGGAAAUCAUAAUAUUAAUUAUGUGAAAGUGGGAACUGGACCACAUCAUGUAUUUUGCAUGCCGGGUGCUCUAGGCACGAUAUGGACGGAUUUUAAGCCUCAAAUCGAGGGACUUAAUAAGGAGAAGUUCACAAUUCUAGCAUGGGACCCAGUUGGUUAUGGAAAAAGUAGACCACCAGAAAAAGAAUUUACGGCAAACUUCUAUGAGAAAGAUGCUGAUGUUGCAUUUGAAUUCCUGAAGCAAUUGAAAAUCCCUAAAAUUUCAUUAUUGGGAUGGAGCGAUGGUGGAAUUACAGGCUUGAUCCUGGCUGCAAAAUACCCCAGUGCUGUAGAUAAGCUUGUUGUAUGGGGGAGCAACUCUUUUAUCUUGCCGCAUGAACUGGAAGCAUAUAAAAAAAUAAAAGAUGUGAAAACUUGGUCUAGUAAAAUGCGACAGCCCAUGGUAGAUGUGUAUGGUGAAGAAAAAUUUGCAACCUACUGGGCUAGUUGGGUCGAGGGCAUGGAGGCCCUAUUCCUAGAGAAAGAUGGGAAUAUUUGCUCUGAGCUGCUGAAGAAAAUCAAGUCUCCAACCCUUAUAUUGCAUGGUGAGAAGGAUCCUUUGGUGGAUAAUGUGCAUGUAUCACAUUUGCAUACGCACAUAGAAGGAUCAAGAAUACACCUUUACCCUGAUGGCAAACACAAUAUUCACAUACGAUACGCCGAUGACUUCAAUAAGAAGGUUCAGGAAUUCCUUCUCUUGUCUAACAAU